AUGGCGGACGCAGAACUCGAAGAGAAGGCUUCCUUACGGGACAAGCUAGAUUUCAUUAGCACGUACAGUAGCUCGGGUUCAUCCAGAGCUGUCCAGGAUACUGUCCGGGAAAACAAUCGCCAGGAAAAAGACAGGCUUACUUUUGUGAAACAGUCUCCGAAAAACGAGAAGAAAACUGAUGACAGCGAAAAAUUACUGCUGCCUGAACCACUGAAAUCACCCUACACAGAAGUAUUUCACGAUUUCCUUGAUGUCGCCGUUCCAACUGUUAGGGACAUGGUCACGUGUCAGUUUGAAAAACUUCCGGUUCCUUUUUUCGAGGAUGGAUUUUUCCUCUACGGCAAAGGAACCAGUGUAUUUACUAAUUGUAAUAACGGAGGUAUAAUGAUCACUAAUGUAGAAAGGGCGCGCAAAUGUGCAAAGGAAAUGUCAAAAGAAUGCUCCAAAUCGUCCGCUUUUGUCACAAAAAUAAUCCGUAUGCCUUUGUACUCCUUUGAAAAGUUAAUGGAACAGAUACCGAGACUAAAGAUUAUACACUUACUGCGGGACCCGAGACCCACAAUGCUUUCUCAGCUGAAAGCUGGUAAUGUAAAACGAUUAUAUUUAAAAACAAACGUCACAUCAUACUGCAAUCGUGUCUAUGACGAUGUCGUCAAGGCUGAGGACUUUAACCGGAAGUUUCCUGGUCGACUAAUGCGGGUGUAUUACGAGGACAUUGUAAAAAGACCUCUAGAAUUAACGAGAAAAAUGUAUGAUUUUUCAGGAAUGCCGUUCACAGAUAAAGUUUCAUAUUCAAUAUUAAAGUUGACAGGAGAAAAUAGAAAUCAUAAAACAUCUAACGAUAGAGCUUCAGCAUGGCGUUCUGAUGUUAACAUGGACUUUAUUAAAGCUGUAGACACAUCAUGUAACCAGCUUUACACCAAAGUCGGCUUCCAGAAAAUGGCCACGGAAGACGACAUACGGGACAUAUCAAAACAUUUAAGGGGCGCGGAAUCUCCCUAUGAUGACUUCCGGUUUGCAUAAGUAUGGCGCAUUUGACCUAAUUUUACUUGAUCUGUUGACCUGUUGUAGCUGGCGUAGUGGCUAAGGUUCUUACCAUUAGCGAAGGCUGUUCGAGAUGAAUCCCUUUUGAUUUUUUUCCUGAACAGUUAAAAAUAUAUAUUUAUAUAUAUUGUACAAAAUCAACAUAAAGAGAUUUGUAUUUUUUUUAUUUAUCUCGUUUUCCUUCGGAACUUUUUUAUUUACAUGUAACAUGUAAUGUCAAUAGAACAUUUGUAUACUUAUUGUGGUUAAAACAAGAGCUUCUACCAAUAGGAAACAACAGCACUCGUUCUAACAAUCAUGACGUCAGACAUACUCAUUUUUUACACUAUUUAGAUUAAAGGUAUACCUAAUGCAUAUAGAUUAUAUCAUUUUGUUUAUUUUCUACGUGUUAACAAUUGUAUAAAGGAAUUGAUAUAAGCUGUGCGAUCUUCCACAA